AUGGAAAUUCGACUGAGGCACUUGGCGUUUGCCGCGAUUCUUUGCACAGUUGCCUACUAUGCCGAUGCUCAAGGUUUGAACGAUCCGAUCACACAAUACAUCGAGGGAAGACUUGGAAAUCGACGAAUUUUCUGGUGUCCAUCUGGAUACGGAUAUUUGGCAUUCUGCCCACAACCAACCGAUUGGGACAACUACAACUGGUGCUGUACAUUCCCAUAUAUGGGAUCAUGGAAACCGUCUUGCUGUCAAUUUGCCAUUCCAACUGGAGCAGUUGUUGCAAUUAUUUUGGCGGCUAUCGUUCUAUUGCUAGUGCUCAUCGCCAUGUCGUGCUGGUGUUGUUGGUGUUGUCCGUUGUACAAGCAGCUGUACGAUUUCGAGGAUGAGUAG